AGACAGCAGGUUCCACACACACGUGUGUGUGGAGCUGAUGUAUUUUCUGGAGGCACCCUCACUAUCUCUCCUCUAGCGCACCUUUGUGUUGUUCUUACGCCCCCUCCCUCCAGAGCCUUGUCUCCCCUCUGUCCUAUGUGUGCACAGUGUGGCUAGUGUGCAGGCUGAAAGCAACCUGGGUAAGAUGCUGCUGAUACUACAGCUGUUUGGACUUCAUGUCUCCUUCAGGGCCCACUGAGGAAGACAAUACUGCAUGUGUUGUGAGGAACUUCAGCACAGGACCCUGAGGAGCCCACAGCUUCCACUCACCAGUCCUCAUUUCCUCUGCAGCCAGCUUCAUUUUCUAUACUGAGGGAUUAAUUUUAAGGCAAGCAAAACAAUGAACAGCCAGCUGCACCAAGCGUUUGUGGCGUUCUUUCUCUUGGGAGUGUUGCUGUCUGUGGUGGACAGCAAAGGAACUUUCUAUGGAGGCUAUGUCAACCCUUUUUAUGGACACAGAUACAACAUGUACAAGGCUGGAAUCAUCCCUCAGUACACCCCAAACAAGCCUAUGACUCGCCACAAAAACCACUGUGCCUAUGUGGUCCAGAGGAAUAUCACAUGCACAAUGCAGGAUGGAGUAGGAACAUACGUGAAGGCUGAGUACACAACUAAAUGCAUCUGGGGCCAGAAAUGUCCUGUUGUCAUGUACAGGACAUUCUACAAACCAACGUACAAAGUGGGUUAUAAAACAGUGACUGAGCUUGAAUGGAGAUGUUGCCCCGGCUACUCAGGAGAGAACUGCAAUGAUGGGUCACUGCCUGACAUGGGAGCUUCUUUGCCACAUCGCCCCGGGGUAAAAGGUGUCCCCCAUGGCCCAAGAAUCCCUAUUGACCAGAGGCCUGGAGGAGCAGAGCUGGAGCCUGGUAAACCUUACUCCAGUCUGCCUGAUCCCAGACCAGUACCCAGUGGACAGCUGCCUGUGGGAAAACCAAAUAAUGGGAACAAAUUUGGGAUUUCUGGAGUGACUGGUGAACGUUUGGAUCGGAUGGAGGACGACCUACGCCGCCUCACUCAGGGCCUUGAUACUCUCAAUGGGGUUGUGGCUGGCCUAGAGGAGCGACUGCGUACAUCUCUCCGGGAAGACACAAACAAGAUCCUGGUGGCGCUUCUGCCCAACACGCCUCGUGGGCCUGACUCAGCUGUGGGGCAUGGGUUGAUCCCUGAUGGGCAUCCUGGUGUACUGGAAGGGGAAGACAGAUUCAAUGGAUUUGGGGACCUUGCAGGAAGGGUAACAGAAGUGAAAGAUGAGCUUCGGGCCAAGACUCAUAUAUUAGAGGAGAUUCAGGGAAUGGUUCUAGGCCAUGAUGGGCAACUUAAGAGACUACUUGAAGGAGCAAGAGGAAGGCCCGUCCCUGUCCCUGGCUCAGCUCAACUGGAUGACCUCCUCGAUGUCAGGCUGGCCGGAAUUCGGGCUGAGAUCUUGGAUGGGUUUGAGCGCCGGCUCAGUCGUCUGGAGAGCCACUGUGAAGAGAAGAUCGGGGCCGUGCAAAGACAAUGCCACAGGGAGCACAUAGAUGGCCAAGAACAGAUGCAGCAGUCCCUUGAUGGACGAGAGACUGGGUUGAGGGCAGAGCUGGGCUCUUUGCAGGCUCAGAUCCAAGGCCUAACACUCACAGAGAGCUGCUGUGGACAGGUAAACACUCUCUCCCAGCGUGUUCUGCUCCUGGAAGAGUCGGUGAAAGGCCUCACAGAAUCCCAGAGGCACCUCCAGUCAUCUCUCAGUGAGCAGAGCCUCCAUGUGGAGACACUGAUUGAGACCCGCUUGGUGGACAUUGAGGGUCGUCUCAAUUCUACAGAUGGUGGAGUCUCUGGAUUCCCUGGUGGUCUUGAUGGCUUCAAGAACAUGCUGGAGGAGAAGUUGAAAACCCUGGAGGAGAGGGUUUUCGUGGCUGUGGAGGAGCUGAGCAACGCCACUGCACCGGCGCUCUUGGAGGGCCAGGUGGUCCCGGCCCUGGAGACAGAGAUUGAGUCUGUGAGGAGGAGAUUAGAUGGAAAUCUGGAUGGCAUUGAGAAACGCCUCAUAGACCUGGAGGUCCUGUGCACCUCCUCCUGCUCGCCUUCUACUCCUCCAGCAGGGGGUGUCAGAGGCAGUGUAGUGGAGGAGGAAUGUGAGGAGAUAGAGAAAAAGAUGACUAAUCGUUUGGACUCUCACUCCAAACAGUUGGACCGUCUAAACAACACACUGCAGAACCUGCUCUUCCAUAUCGCCCAGGAGGCGGCUGGUGACUCAAUCUACGGUGAGAUCACUCUGCUGAAAGUUAACAUUAACUCUGUCAACCGCACCCUCAAAGGUCUCAAGGACUCUAUUAGUUUUAUUGCAAGUGAGGUGGGGCAUGUCAAUUCCACCUGGGAACAGAGGGAAAACCAGCUCGUCAAUCAGGUGCAAGGAAUCACCAAACUAGUGGGCCACCAAGCCUCUCUCCUGGGGGCUGGGGAGAGGCGCCUGACCCAGCUGAAGGGAGAACUUGUGGCCUUGAAGAGACAGCUUAGCGGGGAGCUUCAAGGCUGCCGGAGCACAGCUAGAGAAGUUCAGAUGGAGGUGAAGGACGUGGAUAGUAGGGUGAGCCACGUAGAGGGCCAGUGCAGCAAUUUGGGGCAGCUGGCAGAGCACCUGGAGAGGAUCAGGGCAGAGCUUGAGAGACACUCUGAUUCUUACCUGGCUCAGGUGAACGGCACCUUGGCCGUCCAUUCAGAGCAGCUUGCUGAGCUGAAAGGAGAAGUCAAAGACUGCGUGCCAAAGCAAGCAGCCAACCGGAAAGGAGACCAGUAGCAUUUGAGCCACUGCAGCUUGAAAAAAGAGGCUUGUGUGUCUUUUUCAAUUGGCUCAAGUGAUGCCUUCUGCUUCUUCCCCUCCUUUCAAUUUCCAUCUGCACAAAUGCAAAUUAAUUGGAGCGGUGAAAGCCAUUUCCCAUAAGCCCUCCACCACAGUGCAUCCAGAUGUCCUGCUUAUGUAGUUUAGCCAGGAGGAGGAGGGCACACAAACGUAUUUGAAAGACACACCUAUGGCUGUGUAGCUGGACCAUGAUUCAUUUAUAGGGCAUUUCCCCCUACAUUUUUCAUUUUUUUAACUUAUAUGAAGUGACUGCAUCGUUAUGUCAAGUUUGUUUUGGAGAUGUUGGGCAAAAAUUAAUGACCUGAGACUAAUACGUUACUACGGGUUUCUGCUGACAAGCACACUCAACACUUUUUGUGUGGACGAUUACGUGAUCUUUUUCUUAAAGAUACUGUAUGUCAUAUCAGUGUGGUGCUAUUUACAUGUUUGUAAACAUCUACUUGUACACAUGUUAAAUAUGUAUUUCUCCAAUGGCUGUUGUAUUUUGUUUCUGGCCGCAUUGCUUCACGUUAUAUAGAACAGAUGACACAUUAUUGGUUGAUGGAAGACAAAUAAAAUCCCAAAGUAACCAGUG